AAUGCAUGUUGGAGGUGGGCUGAGUAAGAUAAGAGGCUUCUUGAGUUAAGAGAUUAAAUUCCUGACAACACUCUGGACUAAGGUCACAUUUUGGGAUGGUGUGUUAUCGAUUUCCCUCUGGUUUGCUGGGGCAACCUACUUAAGUCUUAGUUACAGCUUGUCUUCUCUGGCCACCUUCUCCCAACAUCCAGCAUGGAAACUUCAGAAUCAGAUGUAUUGGCUAAAUAUGUUAAGUCACACAAGGAAUUUGGUUCCGGCCGAUGGUCCCUCUCAAGUUUGACAGACAAUAUACAGAGAAUACACAAAAUACAAACCAUAAACGGAUUAAAUACAAGACAAAUUAUAUACACAAAGUGCCAACUGCAAAAUUAUCAUUACAUAUGGGAAAUUGUAUAAUACAGUAUAUGUAGAUGUGAAACAGUGUGUAAAGAGCGUGUCAAUCCAACACCAAAAUUUACCAUCAUACCGCAGAAGAGAUAAUAUAAGGACUCUGAAGUAACAGUCGUUCAACUGGUAACGCUUUGUUUUUAAAUCAUGCACUUGAAUUUUGCCUUGUGAAGGACUGGGACUGGAGUGCUAGUUUAAGGGAAGGUUUAGUGUUGGGUAUGACAAGGACUUCAAUAACUUCAAGAUUGGUCAUUUAAACUACAUUAAACUACAUCCCUAAAACCUCCUCAGUUUCAAUAUGUUACGUUACUGGAGUCUCACUCUGCCUUGCGGCGAUCAGAACCCGACGGCAUCAUGGCCAGGCAAACUACACGGCUGGUUGCCAAGGUGAUGUUCCUGAGCACAGCAGCCUUUGUGAUGGAGGUCUCUGCCCAUCUUAAUCCACCCUAUUCCAUGUAACUUUAUCGCUCAGAGGGCUCAGUCCAAACCCACCCUAUAGCACAGCCUACAUUCUGAUUUCCCUUGGCGUAGCAUAAGUGGGAGUAAUUGCAGGAUUACCAGCUGUUCUGUAUGCAAAAAGCCCAAUGAAAUUACAGGACUACUAUAGUCUUGCAAAUGAGAAAUUUUAAUUGCUGUUUUUGAAGAUAUUUAGCAUCUUCUCAUCACGUUGAUUGGUUUUUACUUGCCUUAGCCAAAAAUGCAGGCUGUGAACAUUUACUGAACAUUCUGGGGCUUCAGUACCUGUUUCAUAUUAGACCAUGUUUAAAUACACAUUUAUAACCUAUUUAUCUUCUAAAAAUGAGCCCAUUAGUAGUUUUCAAAUUGAUACAGAAGUGGCAUUGUCUUAAGCGUAUGUAUCUGAUUAUUGAAAUGGUGUGGUGUUUUGCAGUGUUGUUUUUAUGCCCCCUUGUGGCUCCCAGAUGAAAUGCCACCCAGAAUUAGUGGAAUUCCUGAGGAACCCGUGCUUUGUAAACACUGCUUGGCUUAUGAUACAUCUGAGCUGUAGCAUAAGCUGGAAAAUGAGCCCCAGUCAGCUCUUCAUUGCAGGUUUGUGUACCAUUUAUAUUUGAAUUGAGAAUGGCCCUGAAAUCCCAAUUCAAUUUGUGAAUUUGAACUGAAUUUGAAUUACGGCUGAAAACAGGAUGUACAAUUACAAUUCGAAUUUAAAUUUAAAGAAGUAGAAUUAAAAUGGAAUUGAAUUCAAACAAAUUCAUAUACAUAGUAUAGAUGCAGUGUUCAAUAAUACAGCUGAAUAUUUCCAUGUGAAUUACUUAAUGUUUUUUUCUGAUUGCUUAGGCAGUAUCUUUGAAACUAUAGGCUAUAACCUAACACCAAACUAGCAAAAUAUCAUGCAUCUCUUGAAAAAAGCAAUCAGUUCUUGCAAAACUCUUCAAACUCUGUGUUUUUGGGUCAAACCAUCAUUUAAAUUUGUACACAAAACAGCAUAAAUGAAAAACAUUUAUGGCUUUAGCUUUUCCUAUGCACAAGGCAUGACGAUUUGCAAAAAAGUGCUGUCAUCCAUGUAGCAAACACACAUACAUCAUCAUGUGAAGAAUGCAUUAUUAUGUUGCCACCACGUUGUUCCGGGACGUUGAUAAUGGUGAUGUUUCUGCCAAGGCCCCUUGUUUUUGCAAGUUUGAAUCCUGCCUUGUCCACACAGCAUAUACUGCAUCUGCUUCUAGCUCCAUGACUCUCUGAAAGGAACAAGACAAAACAGUAUAGCACAGUCCGAAAAGACAGGGAUCAGUCAAUAUGAUGUAGUAUCAUACACUUCCAGACACAAUACCAAUAAUAGGAUAGUAUAGCUUACCUGUACAUAUUCACAUCUCGGCUAUUUUACAUGGUCUGAGUUUCUUUCAAAAAAGAAAGACUCUGUAUAGCUCCUUCAUGCAAAUUCUGUUGCGUUUCCGUAGAUGAGAGACUCACUCUGUUGAUGCUUUAGAAUAUGGUGUUUUCUGCUAUUAUUUGGUCCUGCAGUUCUCUGAGUCUGAUGCAGUUAUUUGCAAUGACCACAUUUACAAUGUGGGUCUCCUGCUGUGGGGUGAACAAUCUAACACUCUUUCUUCAUUUCGGCCACCACCACUGUGUAACACCUACCUAGGUGAGCCAUUCUGCACCAGUACGCUCACCACACAGUAACUAAGGUGGCAAAGGGGCAGGAGAGAAUUCAUCAGUUAGAUAUAGGGGAUGAAUUGGAGGCCAGAUUUGAAAGGAUUACAAUGAGCAGUGUUAGCCAGGGGAUCAGGGUAUUACCCUCACUCUGUCAGAGGAUGCCCAGGGAUCCUUUAUGGCCUUAAAGAGUCAGGACACCUGGUUUUACAUCUCAGCCAAAUGAUGGCACCAUUUUUUACAGCACAGUGUCCCAUCACUGCACUGGGGCAUUAGGAUCCACACAGACCACAGGAUGGGCUUCCCUGUUGGCCAUAGUGCUCCCAUCACAGCACUGGGAUGCACACAAGCCACAGGAUGGGCUUCCCUGUUGGCCAUAGUGCUCCCAUCACAGCACUGGGAUGCACACAAGCCACAGGAUGGGCUUCCCUGUUGGCCACACCGACACCUCUCCCAGCAGCAGCCAGCUUUCUGAGCUGGUCUCCUCUCCAAGUACUAGCCAGGGCCAAACCUACUUAACUUCAGAUGUACUACCUACUCUGAACUGCAAGUGGUAUGACUGCUGAUGUUGUGUUGAAUUUCUUUGAAUUUAAAUUGAUUCAAUUAUUCUCCCUGUUGAUCCAAUUCAAAUUACUAGCCAAUAUAAAAAUGACUGCAGGCCAAUGAGUGCAUUGUGCUUUAGAGCACUUCCUGACAGUGAUGAUAUCCGGACAUCGGCAUGUUUUACUGACUGCAUGCUAUAUACAUGUGAUUGAUUAAUCGCAUUUCUGCACAUGCACAUUUAUCAAUAAAAAGGAAUGCCAUUGUUAACAGUCGGCACUAACUUGACUCAUCAGAAGGGACAUGUUCAAGCAGCGUCUGAUUUCUAAAACUACACGCAAGGCAAUGUUACUGAAGAAUUAAGCCCCAACAGUUCAGAUCUGGCCCAUCAGAGUGAGAAACAGCAUCUCUUCCAUGGUGAUUGUGCUCUUAUUCUGUUUUCUUAUUCUAUCAGCAAGAACUUAAUACUUCAUUACCACAUCAGUGCCUUGAUAUUUAAGGGCCUGUUAGUGUCCUCUCUGACACAAAGUCGAUGGUAACCCUGGUUACCACUAAUACCAGCUUAUGGAGGUGCCCUCAGUCAUCGCUGUACCACCAAUCAAAUCAAGCAAAGUUCCAGAAGAAAAUUUUCAUAAAGUAACUCAUUGCUUGAAUUUCCCUGAAUGAUUAAAAAAGCUGAAUAAUGACUCCAAGUGUGAAACAGAAUGAGUAAAUAUUUUAUUGUUAAAUUGUUUGGUUAUUGUUUGGUAACAUAAUGAAGAUGGUUUUGCAGUAAAUCAAUUUGUCAGGAACUGUGUGGGCUCAUCUUGUCUGUUUACAUGAUGUGCUGUCAAAGUGUCUCUACCAUAUAGGCUGCUGUCUGCCUGUUAUAAAUGUUAUAUUUGAACAUAUGCCUGUUUCCUGUGACAGAGGAACAUAUAUUUCUGCAGUUUCUUCUGGGAAAUUAUUGGGGUUUUUUUUGUAUAUAUAAACAAAUUUGAACCAGUGUGUCAUGAUACCAAUGUAAAUAUAAUAAUGAUUAUUAACAUUUUAAUUUUGAAAUGUCAUGUAGUAUUUUAUCCAUACCACCAGAUGGCGGAAUACUAAAGGAAAAUGUUAAAGAAGUUCAUGCUUCUGAUACUAAGUUACUGUUCCUCUGAACUGUCAAGGUGCACAAAACAUGUUUAUCAUUGCAUUAAAAGCUAAUGUGGUUGUAUUUGCCAUAUGUGUAGAAUUAGACAGUUACGGGUAAUAUUUUAUUUCCUGCAGUGUUUGGAGUUUUUCACUGGGGCAGAUGUAGGGCAGUUGAGCCUGGACGAAGGGGAUUAAAAAGAAGCACAUGAUGAUUUGUCCCGUGAUUUCACUAGGAACCCAGGCUAUAGGUUUAAUGAAUGGAUCCCCAUUCAGCUACUGAGACUGUGUAGAUAAUGGCAUCUCCGCGGCUGGAGGACUUCUGCUGCCCUAACAGGGAUUCCUCCACCGAAUUCAUAAUCAAUUUCCACUCCAUGCUUUUCAGUGCCAUUUGCAUCGGAAGCUCUGUCAUCAGCCUUGUUUUGUCCAUACUGCAGGUUUUGCCCAAACGAAGAGGCUAUAGGCGGUAUGGUCAAUAUUCUCUAUCUAAGCCGGCCUCGUCGUCGAGGAUAAUUUUCAUAAUCAGUGUGUGUGAUAUCUUGGGAUGCGCAGGUAUCAUCUUCAGGUCGUCUGUUUGGAUAAGCAUGCCUACGCUCAUAAGCAGGAUCUCUGUGCCAGAAAACACUGACAUUUGGCCGAAGGUGUUCUGUGUUGGGAGUGCGAUGUGGAUCCAGCUGUUCUAUAGUGCCUCCUUCUGGUGGACCUUCUGUUAUGCAGUGGAUGUCUACUUAGUUGUCAAACGGUCAGCUGGAAUCAGCACCAUCGUGCUGUAUCACAUGAUCACCUGGGGCUUGGCGGUAAUGCUGUGCAUCGAAGGAGUUGCCAUGCUGUACUACCCGUCUGUCUCCAGUUGUGAGGAUCGCCUGCUCCACGCCGUCCCCCAUUACAUCACAACCUACGCGCCUCUGCUGCUGGUGGUUCUCGUCAACCCUGUGCUGUUCAGCCGAACUGUGGCAGCGGUUACCUCGUUGCUGAAAGGUGGGCAAGGUAUCUACACCGAGAAUGAGAGGCGACUGGGAGGAGAGAUCCAAACGCGCUUCUUUAAGAUCAUGCUGGUUUUUUGCAUUUGCUGGCUGCCCAACAUUGUCAACGACAGCCUGCUCCUUUACCUGGAGAUGCAGACAGACAUCACAGCCAGCAGCCUGAAGAACAUCAGGAAUGCCACUCUCACCACAUGGUUCAUCAUGGGUAUCCUUAACCCCAUGCACGGCUUCCUAAACACUCUGGCCUUCCACGGCUGGACGGGCUUCAACGCAGAUUUCAGGUUCUGGCCUUGCAGGAGCGCUCCUUGGGAUUCGGCCUCAACAUCAGGGCUUGCUGGGGACACCUACAACCCCGUCCCAGUGCUGUACCAGAGUCACGUGCAGGAGACCAAGAAGAGCAUUGCCAGAAAUGGCCGUCGGCUCUCUGAAAGCAUCAACUUCCUUUCAGAAGGUAACUGGAGCCAGGGGAUCGGUGCAUUUUGCCCAUUUUACCAGGGACUGUGAGACCUGCUAUAGCUGGUCCUGGACAGCCUUGGUCAAAUGAUCUCUCAUUGGCAGUCUGGUUUUUAAUUAUGACCAUAUGAGGCCAUAAGCACAUCCAUCGUAAUACCUGUUAAUUUAUCCAUCAGUCAUAAUAUUCAAUAACAAGAAUGAGACACAUGAUGAAUACAUCAUAUGCAAUAAGACUAACUUUAUAGGGAAAUACUGCACGAUUUAUUUUCAUCCCCCCUGUGUACCAGUACUUACAAACAUGAAUUACAGAAACGGUGUUUCUCAUGUGAAUUUUGUGACGCCUGAACAGGUCUGCCAUUGUAACAUUCAUAUGUACAAUUACGUAACUUGUAACAUGAUUACCGAAACAAAUCUGAAAUCUCCUCAGAGAGACAAGAGUCAUUAAAAUGAGCAGCCAGAUAUUCAUUAUUGCAGCUGAAGCAGACAUUAGCGCUGCCUAUGCUAUGCGUGAUUAAAGCGUGAACAGGCUGCGGCCUAUGAGGGCUGCUCAGGCGAUACCUGCUCAUUCGAACUGGACAAGAGAAGCAAGGACAACAACCUGUAGCUCAGCCAAGUAGUGAUCCAAUCUGGCAUGGUCAUCUACUGACCCAGGCCCCUGGUUCCAGUUCUCAGUCCCAUAACAACUUGUGUGGGUCUCCAGUUCUUCACCUUGACCCAUCAGAACACAUUUAUUCAGAGGUGUGGAAGAGGAUCUCUAAUGCAUUCCACUCCCCUGAUUGGCCUGUAAACAAUAAUGCUGUAUACAGUAUCAUCUUCAGUACAAACACUGAGAUAGCUUUCCCAACCUAUUUUCCAGUUACUAUAUAUGUUGGUCAUAAGUACACAUUUUACAAACUACAUGCAAAAUAUAUACCAGUCAGCCAUAACAUUAAAACCACUGACAGGUUAAGUGAAUAACAUUGAUCAUCUCAUUACAAUGACACCUAUCAAGGGUGCCAUUAUAUAUUAAGCAAGUUAACAGUAGGGUCUUGAAGUUUAAGGGACUCUGACAAGAGCCAAACUGUGAUGGUUAGAUAAGUGGGUUAGGGCAUCUCCAAGAUGGCAGGUCUUGUGGGGUGCAGAGGUCAGCACCUACGACAAGUGGUCCAAGGAAGGUGAACUGACGACAGGAUCAUAGGUACCCAAUGGUCAAUGAUGCGUGUGGGGAAGGAAUGCUAACCCAUUUAGUUUGAUCCCACAGGAGAGUUACUGUAACACAAAUUAUUCAAAUGCUGGAUAUGACAGAAAGGUGUGAGAACAUACAGUGCAUUACACAUUGAUGCGUAUGGGGCUGUAUAGCCAGAGUGCGGUCAAAAUGCCCAUGCUGACCCGUGUGCACUGCCGAAAGCACCUACAAUGGGCACCUGAGCUUCAGAACUAGACCAUGGAGCAAUGAAAGAAGGUGGCCUGAUCUGAUCAGUCACGUGUACUGUGACAUGUGGACGGCUGGGUGUGUAUACAUCGUUUACCUGGGGAAGAGAUGGUACCAGGAUGCACUGUGAGAAGAAGGCAAGCCAGCAGAAGCAGUAUGAUGUUCUUGGCAAUGUUUUGGUGGGAAACCUUGGGUUCCUGGCAUUCAUGUGGAUGUCACUUUGAUAUGUACCACCUACCACACCGUCAUGGCAACGGUAUUCCCUGAUGCAGUGCCCUCUUUCAGGAGGAUUAUACACCCUGCCACACUGCAAGAAUUGUUCAGGAAUGGGUUGAGAACUUAAAAAGAAGUUCAAGAUGUUGAGUUGGCCUCAAAGUUCCCCAGAUCUUAAUCCAAUAAGCAUCUGUGGGAUGUGCUGGACAAAUCCAAUCCAUGGAGGCCCUACUUUGCAACUUACAGAACUUAAAGGAUCUGCUGCUAAUGUCUUAGUGCCAGAUACCACAUGACACCUACAGAGAUCUUAUGGAGUCUAUGCCUCAACAGGUCUGAGCUCUUUUGGUGGCAUGAAGUGGAUUAACACAGGCCAGCUGGUUUUAAUGUUAUGGCUGAUCAGUGUAAAGCGCAGCAUUGUUACUGAUGUACCUUUAAAGGGUCAUAGUGGGGAAAAAGCAGAACACAGGACCUUCUGGUAAGUUUUGAGCCCCAGUUGCAGCAGGGAUCUUGGGAAGUACAGUAUUAAUGUAAACCCUUCAGCCGCCGCGAGAAAUCAGGACAAAUAUUCCUGGGGCACACAAGGCAGUCCACAGCACAAGAGCUUGGAAUUUAAUCAUCAGUCUAUUAGUUCAUGUUCUCAAGUACAGUGCAGUUUUCAGAAGCGAGAAUUUCCCCAUUUUGGAUGUCUGCAGUAAAGCCCUUGAAAUAAUGUAACAAGAUCUCUCUCAUUAUUGACAUUCAAAACAUUCAGUGCAAUAGAGAACUACAUUGGUCAGAAAUAAAAUUUCCUUGCAACAGUAUUUAGAGUCCAACCAAAACAGCAGAAUUAAGAAUAAACUUUAGUAUAAAAUCACAAAGGAUGAGUAUUAUAAAUGCUACAAAAGUGUGAUAGGAGGAUUAAAGUGAUUUACCUUCUAAAUGGAGUCGCCCCCUUUAUCUCAUUAGGUUCAGAGUCUAGUACUAUUGAGAUCCACAUUUCCAGUGAGCUGUGAGGCUGUACGGGACUGCAGGGGGAGCCCUGCGAAAUGAUAAUGGGGGGAGAGAAGCGGCCCAGUCCUCCAGCAGCCCCCCCUUCCUGGCCUGGUCAUCAGCCACCCUCCUCUCAUCCCUAUGUGGCCCUCAUCGUUUCCACACAAAUCAGACCCAGGGCCAGAUUUCUUCAGUCUCUGUACCACAAAUUUCUGUUAUAUAUUUACGUUGUUACCAGAGUGAAAUCAAGACCAGCACAUACUUUCACAUAAAGCAGUUGUACUGAAAUGUCCCUUAGUGCUCACCUUCAAUACACUUUGCAGAUUUUGUCCAAUAGGUUUAGUUAUGCCUGGUUUGACGUGGAAUAAACCCUGUGUCUUUAUACAAUUUUUAGUUCUAAACCUAAUCAAGGGAAAUUCUAACAUCCAUUUUUUUUUUUUUUUACAAUGGCACCAUUUUGUCUUUAUAGAUAAAGGAUGAAAAUGUGAUCAGAAUAUUCCCAUGCUUGGAAUGUUUCCCCUUAGCAUGGGGACUGAAGUUAGUUUAUAUAAAAUCAAAUCAAAAUUACUAUGUGGUUCUACCUGCUUUUCUCCAAGUUUAAUAAGGAGGUUUGUAACCAACUUACCAUAUCACACCAGAGUUUACUUAAAAGGUGUAAUGAAAUAAAGCAACAUUUCUUCUCCAGUAA